GCAUGCGCAGAGAGAAGAAGAUGAAGUUAUUUCCCAGCAGCCCUUUCUCCUCCUCCCUCUUUCCCUUCCAGCAGCGAUGUCCAAGAGAGGACGUGGUGGGUCAUCUGGAGCCAAGUUUCGCAUCUCACUGGGUCUCCCAGUGGGAGCGGUCAUCAACUGCGCCGACAACACGGGUGCUAAGAACCUGUACAUCAUCUCCGUCAAGGGCAUCAAGGGCCGUCUGAACAGGCUUCCUGCGGCCGGUGUGGGCGACAUGGUCAUGGCCACAGUCAAGAAAGGCAAACCAGAGCUCAGAAAAAAGGUGCAUCCUGCGGUGGUGAUACGGCAGCGGAAGUCGUAUCGGCGAAAAGACGGCGUGUUCCUGUACUUCGAAGACAACGCCGGGGUGAUAGUAAAUAACAAAGGAGAAAUGAAAGGUUCGGCAAUCACGGGACCCGUCGCCAAGGAAUGUGCCGACCUGUGGCCCAGGAUUGCUUCAAACGCUGGGAGCAUCGCUUAACCUCACUUGGCUUCAUGUUUUCAAUAAAAUAUUGAAAGUU